AUGGCUCCAGCUGACCCAAAUAUCGUCAGCUGGGAUGGACCUAACGACCCCGCCAACCCACGCAACUGGUCCAAGGCGUACAAGCUGGUGAAUGUCACUCUCGUUAGCCUGUCGGUGCUGUACGUCAACCUGGCCACCACCAUGUUUGCCCCUGGCGCCUCCAUCAUGAAGCAUGAGUUUGGCUACAAGAGCUCAACGGUCGAGAUCCUGACCGUCACCAUCGCGUCACUUGGCUUUGCAAUUGGCCAGCUCUUCGUCUCGCCUUUGUCCGAGGUCUUUGGCCGCAUGCCCAUCUACCGGGCUAGUGCCAUCUUCUACCUAGGCUUCACGGCCGGCUGCUCUCGCAGCACUCAUGUCGCCGAGUUUUUGGUCUUUCGCUUGUGUACCGGUCUGUCCGCCUCAUCGUACAUGUCCACCGGGGGCGGCACCGUUGCCGACCUGCUGGAGAAACAAGAAAGGGGUGUCGCGAUGGCCAUCUUCACUGCAGGUCCCCUCUUCGGCCCAGUUCUAGGCCCAAUAAUCGGAGGAUUCGUCACGGAGAAUCUGAGCUGGCGAUGGACCUUUUACCUAAUCAUGAUGCUGGCCGGUGCAGUCUCUACAGCUUCAUUCCUAACCUUACGUGAAACGAGUGCAGUCGCCAUCCUCAAAACCAAGGCCAAGCGUCUAUCAAAAGAGACAGGGAAUCCCAACCUACGUGCGGCCGGAGACCGACAAAUCCCAGUCCAAACACUCGUGAUGCAUGCCCUCACUCGCCCAAUCAAGUUCCUCUACCAGUCCCCCGUCGUCUUCCUCAUCUCCCUCUACAUCGCCUUCAACUUCGGCGUGACCAUGCUCUUACUGGCCACCUUCCCCUCCAUCUACGAAGAUACCUACCACUGGAGCGUAGGCAUCUCCGGCCUGGCCUACAUCGGCGUCGGCGUCGGCUGCGCCAUCGGAGUCUUCAUUUUCGCCAAAUUCAGCGAUCGCCUAGUAAAGCCCAAUGGCAGCACCUACCGCCCCGAACGACGUCUCAUCCUAAUGAUGUUCGUCUCUCCACUCUUCCCCAUCGGUCUAUUCAUCUACGGCUGGACCGCCAAAUACCGCACGCCAUGGAUCGCACCCAUCAUUGGCACCGCCGUCUGCGGGCCAGGUGCGGUAGUCAUCAGCUCAUCGGCACAGACGUACAUGAUCGACGUCUUCGGGCCUCAAACCGCGGCAUCGGCCCUGAGCGCCAUCACCCUGCUACGCAAUCUGACAGGUGCUUUUCUGCCCCUGGCUGCUCCGUCUUUGUAUGGCCAUCUGGGCCUAGGCUGGGGAAAUAGUGUGUUGGCAUUUAUCACCAUCGGAUUUAUUCCGAUUCCGUUCUUGUUCUACCGCUAUGGCGAGCGGUUGCGGGAAAGGUUUCCGGUUAACCUGUGA